AUGGGCGGCGGCCGGGACAAGCGCAAAAAACACGACAAGAAGCUCGGGAAAGUGUCUCAAUCGAAACUGUCCGGCAUGGCGAAAACGGAACGGAAAACCGAACUGAAUUUGCACAAGAAAAAAAGCAGAAGUUCGAAAGAGGAGGACGAAGAGAACGACAUCGAGAGGAUCUUGAGAGCGCUGAAACUCAAAGACGAGGAGAAGAAAGAGGUACGAGUGGAGGAGAAUUGCGGACGACCGGAACCAGGGAGAGCGAGCUGCACGCUCACGACGAGUGUCGCGAAGAAUGCGGCGUAUCUUUUUGGCGGCGAAUGUACGAGCGAGGAAAAGAAGAGCGAGAAAGAGGGGACGACCAAAACGACGACGACGAAAACGCGCGUGUUUAACGAUAUGUAUAAGUUCGUGCCGCCGUCGUCGUCUGCUGCUGCUGGUGGGAAGCGUUGUGGGGUGCCGACGUGGACGAAAAUUAACUCGGUAAACUCGCCGCCGCCGAGGAGCGGCCACUGCGCGUGUUACGCGAAAGGGUACGUCUACGUUUUCGGCGGCGAGUUUACCUCGCCGAACCAGGAGAAGUUUAAGCAUUACUCGGAUUUUUGGCGGUUUGAUUGCGAUUCGAACGCGUGGGAACAGUUAGAGAGUGGACCGAAGAAUGGCGGUCCUUCGGCGAGGUCGGGGAGUCGGUGCGUGGCGACCAAGUCGGAUUUCAUCCUCUUUGGCGGAUUUUACGACGCGGCGGAGGAGAUUCGGUAUUUUAACGAUUGUUACGCGUUCGAUUUCGAUGCGAAAAAGUGGCGGGUGUUAGCAAAAGGAGGAACAGGGUCGAGUGCGCCGAGUGCGCGGUCAGCGUGUCACGUUUGCGUGAGUGCCGUCGGCGGUUCGAAUAGUAGCGGUAGUAAGAAGAGGAAUAGUAAAAGUAGUAAAAAAGGCGAAAAGGGAGAAGAAAACGACGGAGAAGAAAAAGAAGAAAGAAAAGAAGAAGGAGGAGAAGAGAGGACAUACUUGUACGUCUACGGCGGGUAUUGUAAACAUGUCGAAGAGCCGGACGAGGAUACCGACCCUCGAGAUUUAGAAGACUUUGGCGCGAUGGAAAGAGCGAUUACUCGCGAAGAUUGUUGGAAACUGGACGUUUACGGGAACAAGAAAUGGCAAAAAGUGAAAAAAGCCGGACUCGCGCCACGCGCGCGCGCCGGCGCGUCCUCGGUCGUGCACCUCGCGAAGAAGCGAUUGAUCGUGUUCGGUGGCGUCGUCGACCACGAGAUUAAAAAAGGCGACGUCAUCGUCUCUGAGUUUCUCCAAGACGCGUUUACGUUCAACUACAACACGGAAAAAUGGUUCCCGCUUACGCUCUUCGCGGAAAAGAACGAAAAAGUGAAAACCGAAGAAGAGUCGCGGGAAGAAGCGCGAAAAAUAGCCGCGGGUGAACUCGACGGCAAUGAAAACUUCAACGUGCGUUUAUCGGAUCGCGAAAAGGCUGCGGUGCGCAUUCAAGCCACUUUUCGUGGACACCGCGUGAGAAAAGCGAUGAAACUGUACCGAGUCGGCGGCGUCGUUUCUGAGUUGUUGUAUUCUCCCGGAACUGGAGAAGAAGCGCCGAAGCCGACGGCAAAGCCGAGAGGCCGCAUCAACGCGUCCGUGUGCGUCGUUGGAAACGACUUGUGGUUAUACGGCGGCAUCGUCGAAGUCGGCGACGUUGAGGUUGUUUUAGACGACGUGUGGAAGUUGGAUUUAAGCGCAAAAAGUAAAUGGAUUCGGUCGGAAAAAGUUUCAGAACGCGUCGCGAAUCAGCUGAGCGAACUUGAAAUGGACGCAAAUCAACCACAAAAAGAGAACAAUAACGAGCAAGAAACUGACGACGAUUCUGACGACGACGACAAGGAGGAGGAGGAAUGA